UGUGGGAGAAAGAGUGCCAAACAGUAGCAAAAUGAAGGGAGUAAAACAUGUGAUGUAGCAGCUGAAUGUACAGUACGUGACGACUGGUCAGUUUGGAAUUCAAUUGAAGCCAUUUCCCACAGUUUCCACAGAGCAGGACUUUGGUAAUGAACACACAGGAUGUAGAGGUUUAUUGGGAACACAGAAACUGACCCAAAGGGAUUCAGCAUCUGCACUCCUUCAUUGGGUUUGAUUUUGGAAGCUGAAAGCAGAUCACAGUUUCUUCUCCAAACAAGACCUUGACAAGGAAUUUAUUUUAUGAGUUUUUCAAAGCGCACAUGGUGUUUUUGUGAUUUGUUCAGUGACUCUUAAUAAAGAGUUACUGAAAAUGUUGUUAACCGAGUAUAGUAAUGCAUUCCUCACUCUGUAUAAUGUUAGAAUUGGGACUAAAUGCUUUCAGCUUUUUAAGAGACAUGUAACCAAAUAAACUGAGCAAGGAACAAAGGAACAAUUCAUUUCUAAGAAUAGAGUAUGUUUUUUAAACCAGCAUGAAGAGGUAAAGAUUGUUACAUACCCCAUUUAUUGCCAAUGAGUGAAAAACAACAGUGAAAAUUCCUCAGUGCUCUGCACAAUCUCAAGACUUAAGCGGGAACAUAAUAAAGGAUUGUAGAGGAUGGUGACUUGCCAGUGCAUAGCCCGCUCUCUCAUCAUUUACAGCUGGAUGUUUGGCUUUGGUGUAUCCACAUGUCAUUAGUGAACUGCCUCAGUUCAAAGUAUGAAUCAAAGAAGACCUGUUCUGGAUGAUAAAAAUCAAUCAAAGUAUCACACUAUUGAAAGGAGGAAAAGAAGUAAAGACAAUCUACUGAUGAAUGAAGACUUAGGUGAAGACUCUUAUGGCAGCUAUGGACAUUUCCAUAAUGAGAGUCUGGCCCGACAGACGCUGCCCAAGAGCAGGAGGCAGGCUGUGCGAGGAGCGGCCUACAUGUUCAAUGCCCAUCCCAACAGCUUAACACCUGUAGAGGAACGCUUCCUUGAUGCUGCAGAGUAUGGAAAUAUACCUGUCGUGCGUAGAAUGCUUGAGGAGAUCCCUGAGUUUGAUGUCAAUUGUGUGGACUAUAUGGGCCAGAAUGCACUGCAGUUGGCAGUGGCUAAUGAACACUUAGAAGUAACAGAGCUGCUGUUAAAGAAAGACAACCUAUCAAGGAUUGGAGAUGCACUUUUAUUGGCCAUCAGCAAAGGCUACACCAGGAUUGUAGAGGCCAUUCUGAGCCACAAAGCUUUUGCUGACUCAAAAAGACUUACGGCGAGCCCAAGUCAAGCGUCAAUGCACGAUGACUUCUUUGCCUAUGAUGAAGAUGGCACACGCUUUUCUCAUGAUGUCACUCCAAUUAUUCUAGCAUCUCACUGCCACGAAAACGAGAUUGUGCACAUUCUCCUGGGAAAGGGUGCUCGCAUUGAGCAGCCACAUGAUUACUUUUGUACCUGUGACACCUGCAAUUACCAUCAAAAGUAUGAUUCUUUUAGUCACUCCCGCUCGCGUAUAAAUGCCUACAGGGGAUUGGCGAGUCCAGCUUACCUGUCUCUGUCCAAUGAGGAUCCUGUGAUUGCGGCACUGGAGCUUAGCAAUGAGCUUGCCUCUUUGGCUAAUAUUGAAAAGGAAUUUAAGAAUGAAUAUAGGAAACUUUCUAUGCAAUGCAAAGACUUUGUUGUGGGACUUCUGGACCUGUGCCGGAGCACAGAGGAAGUGGAAGCAAUUUUGAAUGGAGAAGAGGACGAUUCUUUAGAAUUGCCUGGCCGGCCCAAUCUCAUUCGCUUAAAACUUGCAAUAAAGUACGAACUGAAAAAGUUUGUGGCUCAUCCUAACUGUCAACAACAGCUCUUAUCAAUAUGGUAUGAAAACCUGCCCGGACUCAGGCAGCAGACCACAGCCAUUAAGUUCUUGGUGGUUUUAGGUGUUGCCAUCGGACUGCCCUUUCUAGCAAUGGUGUAUUGGUUUGCACCAUGCAGCAAGAUGGGAAAGAUCAUGCGUGGCCCUUUCCUUAAAUUUGUGGCCCAUGCAGCCUCCUUCACUAUUUUCCUUGGCCUUUUGGUCAUAAAUGCUGCAGACCGCUUUGAUGGGACAAAGCUGCUUCCAAAUAUGACCAUUCAUGACUAUCCGACACAGCUGUUCCGUAUGAAAACAACUCCCUUUACAUGGAUGGAAUUGCUCAUCAUUUCUUGGGUCAUAGGUAUGAUUUGGGCAGAAUGCAAGGAGAUCUGGUCCCAAGGCCCAAGAGAGUAUCUGCUUGAGCCUUGGAAUUUGCUUGAUUUUGGAAUGUUGGCCAUAUUCGUGGCCUCCUUCAUCUCAAGGAUAAUGGCUUUCUGGCAUGCAAGUGUAGCACAACGUUAUGUCGAUGAGCUCUACACAGAUUUAACAAAUGUAACUUUGCCUGUUGAGGUGGGAUACUUUCAGUUGGCUCGGAUUGACUGGCUCCCCUCCGAUCCUCAGGUAGUUUCAGAGGGCUUGUUUGCCAUUGCAGUGGUUCUGAGCUUCUCCCGAAUUGCAUACAUCCUGCCAGCUAAUGAGAGCUUCGGACCACUGCAGAUAUCUUUGGGCCGAACCGUGAAAGACAUCUUCAAGUUCAUGGUUAUCUUCAUCCUGGUGUUUUUAGCCUUCAUGAUUGGAAUGUUCAACCUCUUCUCAUAUUACUUGGGUGCUAAACAGAAUGAAGCCUUCACAACUGUAGAAGAAAGCUUCAAAACAUUGUUUUGGGCAAUUUUUGGCCUUUCCGAGGUCAGAUCAGUAGUCGUGAACAAUGGGCACAAGUUCAUCGAGAACACUGGCUAUGUUCUCUAUGGAGUAUACAAUGUCACAGUAGUCAUCGUCCUACUCAACAUGCUCAUUGCCAUGAUCAACAAUUCCUUUCAAGAAAUUGAGGAUGAUGCAGAUGUGGAGUGGAAGUUUGCCCGUGCUAAGCUCUGGUUCACCUACUUCGAGGAGGGCAGGACUCUCCCAGUACCCUUUAACCUGGUGCCUAGUCCCAAAUCUGUCCUGGGUCUGGUGAAGGGGGCUAAGGGUCUCCUGCUGGAGCUCUUAGACAGACACAAAGCUAUUAUGAAGGGGUCUGAGCUCAGUGAGUUGGGAAAAAGCAAAGCCAGUGGGGACAAGAAUCACACUUGCUCCAGCAGAUAUCAGAAAAUUAUGAAGCGUCUUGUCAAGCGCUACAUCAUCAAAGCUCAAAAUGACAAAGAAUUUGAUGAGGUCAAUGAGGGUGAACUGAAGGAGAUUAAGCAAGAUAUUUCAAGCCUUCGCUAUGAGCUCCUAGAGGAAAAGACACACAAUAUAGAGGAGCUGGCUGAGCUUGUGAGGAAACUUGAAAACAAUCUCUCUCAGGACUGCUUGAUACUAAAGUCUCAUUGAGGAAAUCCGACAACAGCGUUUUUUUUACAGCAAAAUUUACUUAAACUGCUAAUCAACUAUUUAUCAAAGCAAGACAAUUUGCACAGGGACAACAGUUCCACAUGCUUAUUUGCCUUGGCCUGGGUUAGUAGAAAGAAAGAAGAUUGAGCUAUUGAUUGGCUCUAAUCCUAACACAGGCUUUUCUGUGUAAUGAGAUUCUGUAACUGGGCUCUCCUGACAUCAGUUUUAAGUGUACAUUUUUAAAUCAGUGCAGCAAUAUAUCAGUGUGCUUUGUCCUGCGUCCCGCAUGUCAUGAGCAGUAUUGCGGGGGUAGUGGAAACCAUCACAGCUACUGCAGCCGGAUUAACUGUAUAAAUCCAUUUAAACAUCCAAGUUAAGUGUAAAUAAAUGCCUUUUGCUCUGCCAUUCGCGUGAUUGACAGCUGGAGCACGAACAGACACCAUUUCUACGCGUGCAUAGCGAGGUGCGCGGGGCGCGUACGAGAUAUGCGGGCGCGAGGCGAUCAUAUGGCGAAUAGAGUGGCUGUGUCCGCAAUCGUUCACUCAUUCACUAUUUCCUAUAUAGUGAAUGGCAGUUAGUGCACUAUAUCUCAGAAGUGAACGAAAUGAGUGAUUUGGUGCUGACAUAUACACAGAGUGUCAGAUCUCUGGGGCUGGUGCAGAAACAAUGUCACAUAUUAAAUUUUAAAAUACUUGGGCCUUACUUGUUAUUCUUAUUAAAUAAUAUAUUAAUUUAAUAAAUCUUAAUUCUGUUUGACAUUUGUAAUAUAUAUUGUGUGUUAAUAUAAAGAGUAAACACAUUUUAUCAAAUAAAGAGUACAUUUUAAAAUGUAUCUGUAUGUUUUGU